AUGGAGUUCAUGGAUAUGGAUUGCACAUACCCUAUAAAAGCCAAACUGAGAAAAAGCCAAACUGAUAUAAAAGAAUCAGGAGUUUGCAUUUCUGUUUAUCUGUUUACGGCAUUAUCGUAUUCUGCUGCUGCUGCUGCUGCGUCGUGUAUAUUGCGUUUAUGGUUGAAACGAAAACGAAAUCUGGUUUAUGCGAUAUGGUUUCACCCUUUUUUUUUACUUCGAAACCUUUGGAGUCCAAAUAUCCCGCCAAAUCUUUGCUUUGGAAAGAAUUUGUGUGAGCUCAAUAUGGGAACCAGUCAACUACAAGGUUCCAUACCUUCUGAUAUAGGAAGAUGUAAAACUCUAAAGAGAUUGAUUCUCGACGAGAAUAAUUUUAGCGGCCCUCUUCCUUAUUUUGAAAGGAAUCUGAACCUGAAAUACAUGGACAUAAGCAAGAACAAUAUCAGUGGACUAAUUCCAUCAAGUUUGGGAAAUUGCACAAGUCUCACAUAUAUUAAUUUGUCAUGGAACAAAUUUGCUGGACUCGUACCAUCAGAGCUUGGAAACCUUGUGAAUCUUGUGAUUUUGGAUCUUUCUCAUAAUAACUUGCAAGGUUCUUUGCCACUUCGGUUGUCAAAUUGUACUAAACUGGAUCGUUUUGAUGUGGGAUUCAAUUUCCUAAAUGGAUCACUCCCAUCAAGUUUUAGAACUUGGACAGAAAUAACCACAUUGAUUUUAAGAGAAAAUCACUUCACAGGAGCUAUACCAGGGUUUUUGGCAGAACUUAGCAACCUUCGCGAGUUACAACUUGGAGGAAAUUUGUUUGGAGGCAAAAUUCCUCGAUCGAUGGGGAAAUUGCAUAAUUUGUUCUACGGAUUGAAUCUGAGUGCUAAUGGAUUGAUAGGUGACAUUCCUUCAGAAAUCAGGAAGCUUGGACUGCUUCAAAGUCUGGAUAUAUCCUUGAACAAUUUAUCCGGAAGCAUAGAUGCUCUUGAAAAUCUUGUUUCAUUAAUUGAGUUCAAUAUUUCUUACAAUCUCUUCAAUGGUUCUGUACCAGAAACACUAAUGAAGUUAUUGUAUUCCUCGCCAUCAUCAUUCAUGGGUAAUCCUCUCCUAUGUGUCAGUUGUUUGAGUUGCAUAAAAACUAGUUAUAUAAAUCCAUGUGUUGACAAAUCAACUGAUCACAAAGGUAUCAGUAAUGUUCAAAUUGUAAUGAUAGAACUUGGAUCCUCAAUAUUGAUUUCUGCUAUUCUAUUUCUGGUAAUAAUAAUUCAAAGGCAUUUCCAUAGAAAUGAAACAGAUACGAAAGAUCUAAACCAAUGGUAUUAUAUUGAUAGAGGAGCUGGAAGGAUUGGAGUCAGAUAUGCUCACGAAUCGAACAUCUUAGGUGAAGAGAAUCCAACCGCCCUUCCGAAUCUAGUGUUGCAAGCUACAGAGAACCUAAGUGAUCAGUAUAUUAUUGGCAGAGGAGCUCAUGGUAUUGUGUACAAAGCUUUACUUGGUCAACAUGUUUUUGCUGUAAAGAAGUUUGAAUUCACAAGGAGAAGGGAAAAGCAACUACGUAUGAUGCGAAAAGAAAUUGAAGUGCUUGGAAUGUAUAAGCAUCGAAACUUAAUCAAAUAUGCAGACUAUUGGAUUGGAGCUGACUAUGGUUUAGUCUUAUAUGAAUUCAUAGAAAAUGGAAGCCUUCAUGAUAUUUUGCAUGAAAAGAACCCCCCACCACCCUUAACGUGGAAAGCCAGGUUUAACAUAGCUGUUGGAAUUGCUGAAGGAAUUGCAUAUCUGCAUAACAAUUGUGUCCCACCCAUAGUGCAUCGAGACAUUAAACCAAAAAAUAUUCUUAUUGAUGACAAUAUGGAGCCAAUUAUAGCUGAUUUUGGUACUGCCCUAUACAGGAAGUUGUCUGAAGAUUCUUAUAGUUAUUCCGAAACCAGGAAAAUGCUUUCAACUAUCGUUGUUGGUACCCCUGGCUAUAUUGCUCCAGAGAAUGCAUAUGUGAUAGUGCAGAGCAGAAAGUCUGAUGUAUAUAGCUACGGCAUUGUUUUGCUCGAGAUAAUAACCAGAAAGAGAGUGGUAGUUCCCUGUUUGAAUGAUGAGUCAAACGUGACCUCUUUAGUGAGCUGGGCUAGAUCUGUAUGGCUGGAAACAGGCAAAAUUGAGUUCAUUGCUGAUUCAUAUCUUGCUGAAGCAUUUCCCAAUUCAUCAGCACUGAGAAAGCAAGUCACAACAAUGUUUUUAUUGGCAUUGCAAUGCACAGAGAAGGAUCUACGAAGGAGACCAACCAUGAAAGAUGUUAUUGGCUUGUAUAAAAGGGACAUGUUUAAGUGGUGUGAUGAGGAGGAAUACAGUGAUACGGUUGGAGCUGAUAUAUCAUUACCACCAUAUGGUACUAAUAUUUUCCCUAUCAUUCCAGUUGUUAGCAUUGACCACCAUAUACAUGGAGAAAGCAGUAGGGCUGCAGCUCAAAGACAAAGAGAAGUUACAUUUACUGUGGAGGCUGAAUCCAUGGAUUAUAUUGACUUUCGCUUAUGGCAGGACUUUGAUCAAGUUCGAUAUGGAUUAUGUCUUGAAGAUGAUUGGAGUCGCAUACCUACCAUUUAUAUUGAUGGACUUUUAGUUAAACUGAUGGGAAAUGGUAAGAUAAUGGCUGAAAAUGUUUUGGUCGUAGCUGCUAUGAAUGUUCCAAAAGUAACCUAUGUUUGGCCUAGUUUGAUUUUCCUUCCUUCUGUCGUUGGUCCAAUAGUAACCAAACCUUUCAAUUGGUUUUUUCUCUUACGUUGGGGCCAAUAUAUGCACCUUCGUAAAUCCUUGUCUUAUCAACCCAAAUCGUACUUCAUAAAUGCCAAUAAAAUCAAUGCCCUUCAGGACCUAAUACUGGAAGCUACAGAGAACCUAAAUGAUCGGUAUAUUAUUGGUAGAAAAGCACAUUAUAGUGUGUACAAAGUCAUACUUGGUCAACAAGUGUUUGCUUUAAAGAAGUUUGAAUUUGGAAAGAACGAGCAAAAGCAGCUAAGUAUCUUGUGCAACGAAAUUGAAGUCCUUGGAAUGUUUAAGCAUCGAAAUUUAAUCACAUACACAGACUACUGGAUUGGAGGCCAUUAUGGUUUAAUCUUAUGUAAAUUCAUGGAAAACGGAAGCCUUGAGGAUAUUUUGCAUGAGAAGAAACCCUCACUGCCAAUUACGUGGAGCGACCGGUUUAAGAUUGCUGUUGGAAUUGCUAAAGGUUUAGCACAUCUGCAUUACAAUUGUAUGCUACCCUUAAUGCACGGAGACAUCAAACCAAAGAACAUAUUUCUUGAUGCGAAUAUGGAGCCUAUUAUAGCUGGUUUUGGUACUGGCCUGAUAUGGGACCUGUCUAAGGUUUCAUAUAGUCACUCUGAAACCAGCCAAAUGUUGUCGUUGCACGUUAUUGGUACCCCGGGUUAUAUUGCACCAGAGAAUGCAUAUAUCGUGGGGCAGGGAAGAAAAUCUGAUGUAUAUAGCUACGGAGUUGUUUUGCUCGAGCUAAUAACCAGAAAGAGAGUGUUUGUUUUCUCUUUGAAUGAUGCGACAACUUCAGUGAGUUGGGCUAGAUCUAUAUGGCUGGAAACAGGCAAAAUUGAGAAUAUUGUUGAUCCAUACCUUGCAAAUUCAUUUCCCAAUUCAGCAGCACUAGCCAAACAAGUGACGAAAGUGUUUUUAUUGGCAUUACAAUGCACGGAUCGGGACCUACGAAAUAGACCGACCAUGAAAGAUGUUGUUGACAUGUAUAAUAGUGACUUGUUUAACUGGAGUCGUGGCGAGGUCGAACAUCGUGAUGGAGUUGCAGCUAAUCAUAAUGCAAGUGGUCAAUUGUCAUAAUGUAAAUAACCAAAAAAUUACAUACAGAACUACUAGAGUUGUACCUUUAUU